GUUUAAUAUUAGUAUAAAGUUUACUGUGUUUACUUUCCGCUUCCCUUUAAUUGUGCACAGUAGAGAUUUGAAAGCAAAAGAAGAAAAAUAGCUGCAGUUGGUUUGAUGGUUGGUGUUCUUAGUUGGCAACGGAUGAUUCAUUCCAAGUUCCAAAGAAUCAUGGUUUAGGUUUUGUAUCGAAUGAAUUGGAAAGGAAAGGGGCAAAUGGCAAGUUGUAAUGACAUUGAUCAGCUGCUUCCUGAGGAUUUAAUUAUUGAGAUUCUCUCGAAGCUGCCUGUGAAAUCACUGAUUAGGGCUAGAGCCGUAUGCAAGAAUUGGUACACUAUCAUCAAAAACUCUAGUUUUGUUACUAAGCACUUCAACCACCACACCAACAACAACAGUGGCCGUCUUUUCAUUUAUCGUGUUGUCAAAAAUACCCGGAAAUGUAUUUUCUCAUUGUUCCCCGAUGAAACACUCGCCGGUACUCCCCCGGUGCAUCAGGAUGUGGUGGUGGAUAUGCCCUGCUAUAUAAGGAUUGUUGCCAGUCCCUACAACGGUAUACUGUGUCUGUUCAAUCGACCUUCCAAUAGCUUUGCUAUGUGGAACCCUGCAACCAGAGAAUUUAGGGCCCUCCCGGUGCUGUCUGGUAACUUUCCACCCAAUUUGGUGAGGUGUGGUGAAAUUUGUGGAUUUGGUUUGGAUCUCAUUACCAAUGAUUACAAGGUGGUUUGGAUUUGGAACACUAUGAGUGUAUUUAAAGGGACAAGUUUUGGUCCUUAUCAGGUUGCUGUGUAUACCCUAUCUACUGAUUCCUGGAGAUAUCUUGAUGUUGUUUUGCCCUAUUCUUGCAUUGAAAGCCCUCUGUCUAACACAUGCAUUAAUGGGGUUUAUCACUGGUGUGCAAUGAACAAUGACAAUCAUCCUGUGAUCCUUUCAUUUGACAUGGGCACUGAGUUGUUCCACGAGAUACGCGAUAUUCCAAGUUCAAGAGGUGCCCUUCUUGCACCCUACUACAAUAGCUAUCUUGCUCUGAUUUUGUAUGAUUAUUCUCCAAUUUUUGACAUAUGGGUGAUGAUGGAAGAAGGGUGUUGGACAAAACAAUUUACGGUUGACCUCCCUGCAGAAUUUGGAUGGCCGCUUGGGUUUUGGAAGAACGGUCAGCUUAUUAUACAAAAUGAUGAUUAUGGUCCUGUGGCCUUAUAUGAUCCAGAGACUCAUGAAAUUAAGGAUCUUGGAUCCCAGAAUUGUGUCGACUCCUUGGUCAACAGGGAGAGCCUAGUCUCAAUCAGGGGUGGAGAUGGAUUCCUGGAACAAGAUCACUUGUCUGAUGUAAAUCAAAUUUUAAACUUUUCUAAAACAGCUAAAGCUGAAUAGCAACCUGACUUUCCUGAUGAUGAGGAUUCUGAAAUUUCUGGUUUAGUAUGAUUGAUGUGCGUGUUUUAGUGCAACAACAAUGACUAAGAAGGAAAAAAGUGAUCUGUUGAACAUUUGAUUCAGUUUCCGCAUGCCCACAUCGACCCAGGUUGGAUCCGAAUGCACUCUCGAGUCUACAAAUAGCAUGAUGAAAGAGGUUCAAAUGUAUUUCGGUUACUGCCAAUAUAAAACAAGUUUUCAAUGUUUCGUUUAUGUUAGUUUCCGUGGUAAAGUAGAAUCAAAAUGUUGUUAACCCACUUAUUGGCUUUUCUAUCUAGAAUUUGUAGCACAUUUGGUUAUGCUAUCUGGUCUUGUACUUGUUCAGUUUAUCAUUAAUAACAAAAAAAUGGUGUUACUGUUGAUUUUCUUUUCUGUUA